GCACCCUCUGGGCGCAUGCGCGGCGGCGGCGGAGCGACUGUCGGCGCGCGAGGCGGUCGGCGCAGCGGCGGCGACGGCGUUCACUCGUCGAGUCGCGCCGAUCACGGCAGCACGUGCCGCGCAGUGAGUGUCGCCUCUGCCGACCGCGCCUGCAGCAGACCGGACCUGCAGACAGGCGCUCGAGGCCCACUCUGCCGUCACCAUGAAGUGCAGCGACAAAUUCAAGAUCGUGGACAGGCUGCUGACCAACUGGUUCAAAAAGCUCGGCCACAAGGUCGGCGAACACCCGAGCUACUUCAUCAUCAUCCCAUUCUUCUUGACGCUGCUGGCCGCCACCGGGUCGCAGCGCAUCUACUACGAGGAUGACCCCGAGUACCUGUUCUCGCCGGUCACCGGACGCGCAAAGCAGGAGCGCGCCAUCGUCAAGGAGUUCUUCCCGGAUAACUUCACGCGCUUCAACCCCAGCCGGAUGACCGAUCUGGGGAAGUUUGUGCGCCUGCUCAUCACCGCCACUGACGACGGAACGCUCAUACGACCGGAGGUAUUUGACGAGAUUGUCCGCCUGGAUUCCAUCGUGUCCAACGUCACAAUCAGUAACGGCGAGCGCGACUGGACGUUCGAGGACCUGUGCGCCCGCUGGGAGGGCAAGUGUCUGAGGAACCCGAUCGUGAAGCUGGCACCGUACGUGCCCGAUGUUGUGAGCGGGAAGCUCAACCUGACGUACCCGAUCUGGUUCAGUGAUAACUAUGACAUCUUUGUGUUCCCCGCGUCUCUGGGAUCGCCUGUGGUGAGCGGAGAACAUCUGCAAGAAGUGCCGGCCCUCCAGCUGCUCUACUGGGCGUCCAACCACACCGACUUCGACGUCAAUGUCUCGCUGCAAUGGGAGACCGAAGUCCUGCGCGUGCUCGAGGAGCACAUCCACACGUUCAGGCACAUCCGGAUCGCUCGGUUCCGCUCUCAGACUCUGCAGACAGAGCUGGAGGACAACACCAUCUCCAUCAUGCCGUUCAUGUUCGCCACCGUGGCCAUCAUGGUCAUGUUCUGCAUCGUGACGUCCAUGAUGGGUGACUGUGUGCGCUCCAAGCCUCUGGUCGGUCUGCUCGGAGUGGUGAGCGCCACCCUGGCCACCGGCACCGCGUUCGGCCUGCUCAUGUACUGCGGACUGCCCUUCAUCGGCAUCAACCUGGCGGCGCCCUUCCUCAUGCUCGGUAUCGGCAUUGACGACACGUUCGUGAUGCUGGCGGCGUGGCGCCGGACGCGUCUGCAGGACCCGGUGCCGGUCAGGCUGUCGCACGCCUACGAGGAGGCGGCUGUCUCCAUCACCAUCACCUCCCUGACCGACAUGUUCUCCUUCUGGGUGGGCGCCGUCACGCCCUUCCCCAGCGUGCAGAUCUUCUGCGUCUACACCGGCAUGUCAGUGGUGUUCACCUACCUGUGGCACGUGACGUUCUUCGGCGGCUGUAUGGCCGUGUUCGGCUAUCUGGAGGAACAGGGUCGUCAUGGAGUGACCUGUCGUCCCGUGCUGCCCGUCUCCCAGUCAGAGGACAGAGGGUGCUGGUAUCAGCUCUGCUGCUCCGGAGGAAUCUCCAAGUCAGACCCAUGGAACGAGAAGGACAAUAAGGAUCACAUCAUCAUGGUCUUCUUCCGGGACGGCGUGGCUCAACUCCUCAAUAUCCCGGCCAUCAAAGCGUUCGUCAUCAUGGUGUUCCUGGUGUACCUCGGUGUGGCCAUCUGGGGCUGCACCAUGGUCAGAGAGGGUCUGGAGCGACGCAGACUCUCCAAGGACGACUCCUACUCGGUCCAGUUCUACGACGUCGAGGACUUGUACUUCCGAGAGCAUCCGUACAGAGUCCAGGUGAUCGUGCAGGGCAAGAUGGACUACUCCGACCCGGAGGUGCAGCGUCAGGUGGAGAACCUGUUGCAGACAUUCGAGAACUCGACCUACAUCGAGGGCCGCUUCUACACCGAGUCGUGGCUCCGGGACUGGGUCAGCUUCGUGGAGACGAGCGCGCCCAUCCUCAACAUGAACGUCAGCACGCCUGAGCUGUGGCUGGAGGGAUACAAGACGGCGUUCCUCGGCGGCUCCAGCCCCAUCACACUCGACACGGCUUUCAACGAGAAGGGAGAGAUUGUCGCCAGUCGCUUCAUCAUCCAGACGCGGCACAUCAACAACACGCUCGAGGACAAGGACAUGAUGCUGGAGCUGCGCCGCAUCUGCGAGGAAUCCGAGCUCGAGUGCUCCAUCUUCCAUCCGCUCUUCGUCUUCUUCGACCAGUUUGUGCUGGUGCGCACCGUCUCCAUCCAGUCCAUCUCGAUCGCCGCCGGCAUCAUGUGCGUCGUCUCCCUCAUCUUCAUCCCGAACCCCGUCUGCUCGCUGUGGGUGGCCUUCAGCAUCCUCAGCAUCGAGAUCGGCGUCAUCGGCUACAUGACCCUCUGGGGCGUCAACCUGGACAGCAUCUCCAUGAUCAAUCUCAUCAUGUGCAUCGGCUUCUCGGUGGAUUUUUCCGCCCACAUCAGCUACGCAUACAUGGCGGCGCACGGGAAGACGGCCGAUGAGAGAGUUCGUCUGUGCCUGCAUGCUCUUGGCCUGCCGAUCCUUCAGGGCGGCUUCUCUACCAUCCUCGGCGUGGCCACGCUGUACUUCGCGCCGUCCUACAUCUUCGUGACGUUUUUCAAGACGAACUUCCUGGUGAUCUUCUUCGGCAUGGUGCACGGCAUCUUCCUGCUGCCUGUGCUGCUCUCGCUCUUCGGGCCCGGCUCCCACUGCUGCGGCGGCGGCCACAUCCACGUCGAGCCCACGGAGGUGAAGCCGAGCUCGCUGGCGGCGCUGCCGACCGCCGACGGCACGUUCUACGUCAACGGCGGCGGCCAGAUUGUCACCCUGCACGGCAAGGCUGGCGAAAUGCCGCCUCUGCGCAUCCCGCGGCCUCAGUCCAGCCGAACGUCGCGUACGGACUCGUCGGUCCGGCUUACCACCGGGGCCUUCACCGUAGCUGAGGAGUCGCCGCCCUCGCUGCCUAAGGUGGAUCAGACUGCGCUCGACAAGGACCUCGGUCUGGGCACCUCUGGUGAGGACAGCAUCGAGAGCAGCCUCUCCAAGGGUGCCUCCAAGAGCGCAGCGUCGGCCAGCGGCGGCCGACGCGCGCAUCGCACGAAGUCGGCGCCGCUCUCGCUGCUAGAGAUGUAUAACAAUACCGGUUACGUGAGCGACGACGAGACGAGUAGCCCUCGCCGGCCGCGCGGCCACCGCGGCGGAGUGAAAUAACACAGCCCCGGAUAGCUAGACUACCAGCAACCGAGAGCUAGUCAGCCGCCGGAUUCGAGCGGCCCGCCGCAACGCGCCGGUGGCGCCCCCUUUACAGGGACGGGCGCUGCAGAUGGCGCCAGUGUCACCCGACCGACCUCACCAGGUGGUCAACAAGGCGUGGCACAGCGCGGCUCGGGCACUAGCCCUGAUGUUAUGAUGUGUUGUCGCUCGCUGCUCACUCUGAUCGCUUUGUGUGAGCCUGUUCAGUCGCGACCUCGAGUGAAGCUGUCUCUGUGAGCAAGCAAUGAUGCACGCUGGCGCGUCCAUCAUCCGGAUCACUGAGGGACCAAGCCCCGACAAGUACAUGUCGCGCCGUGACCUCGCAACGCCGGACGUUGCGAGACAUUGAGCAAGCUGACGGCGUGCCACUUGCCAAACCGCAGCGCCAGUGAGCAGACAAACCUGUGCUGCCAUCUAUGCGGAUCGUCGCUCAACCGAGAGACAGUGUAUGACCUCGGCUUGCUGCCUCGCGCAGCUUCACGGACAUUUGCGGGUGCGUUUGCUAGAAGUUAUUCAUUGCUGUGCUCGUGUGUAUCAUUCUCUGCCGUGCUGCCGGUUGCCAAACCUGCGCAUUUCACCGUAUGUUGACUCGUGAGUGGCUACCAGACGUACCUCUGGCCCGAGGUCGCUCAGUCGUCCAGCCACCGUCAGGGGCCGUGUCACCUGUCACCGCCGGCGCUGACGUCCUCUCAGCGACCUCAUCGCCGGCGGUGACGUCACUGGUCACCGAGUGGUGACGUCACAGGUCACCAACCGCGGUGACGCCAGAGUACGUAUCGCAUACGCGGGAAAUAUAUUAUUUGUACAGUCUAAGCGGUGACUCUGAACUGGAGGCCCCCGCUCUGCAACGUUUCGCAACUUUCCCAUAAAGAACUGCUUACAUUUUCAUCGUACUACUGAAAAAGUGAAACGUUCGUUAAUUAGACACCUCUGUUAUCUUGUUGCUAUUUAUAACUGGAUUAUGUAACCAAUAAGACCAGAUCCAACUGCA